AUAGAUUUCAGAAGGCAAAUAUCCAUUGUAGCAGAGCUGAUAACUUAAUUGAUGUUCUGAAGAAGGUAUUUGCUAAACACUGUGCAAGUCUAUUGAUAAUCCAGUUUUGGCUUCUAAGGAAGGUGCAUACACAUACAGAAAGGAGUAACAAGAGAAUCAGUCUGCCCUGCCUGAAGUUUUGCACAAUGGUUUACUUAGGUGGUCAGAAUCAUCCCUUGGUAUAAGUUUUGAUCUUGGAAGCAAAACCGUGGCCUGCCAUUUGAAAGUACUUUUAAAAGGCAUAGCUUGAGUUAGGCAUGGCUGAGGAUACUAAUGUGUCGGAGAAAAGUACAAAUGAAGAAAAUGGGGAAGUAUCGGAGGCAGACCAACCUCAGAACAAGCACAACCGACACAAAAAAAAGAAACACAAACAUCGAAGUAAACACAAGAAACAUAAACAUUCUUCAGAAGAAGAUAAGGACAAAAAACACAAACACAGACACAAACAUAAGAAACAUAAACGGAAAGAGGUAGCCGAUGCCUCUGACAAAGAAGAUGGACCAGCUAAAAGAACUAAAAUUGAUUUUCUAGCUCCUCUGGAAGACUUGGAGAAACAAAGAGCAUUAUUGAAAGCUGAACUUGAAAAUGAAUUAAUGGAAGGAAAAGUCCAGUCUGGUAUGGGAUUAAUAUUACAAGGUUAUGAGUCAGGAUCUGAAGAAGAGGGGGAAAUUAAUGAAAAAGCGCGGAAUGGGACGAGGCCUGCAACAAAGUCAAGCACCAAGGGGAAACUAGAACCUGUGGAAAAUAAAGCUAGUUCCAAGAAAGGAAAUAAGAGUGAAUCAAAAGAAAGGACUAGGCACAGGUCUGACAAAAAGAAAAGCAAGGUAGGAGUUGACGGAAUCAAAGAGAAGACAACUAGAAGCAAGUCAAAAGAAAGGAGAAAAUCCAAAAGCCCUUACAAAAGAAGUAAGUCUCAAGAUCAGACAAGGAAAUCAAGAUCUCCGAUGCUUAAAAGGCGAUCUCAGGAGAAAAAUAGGAAGUCUAAAUCUCCCCCAGAAGACAGAAAUAAGGCUGAUGAUAAAAGUAAAUCAAGAGAUCGCAGAAAGUCUCCGGUUGUAAAUGAAAGCAAAAGUCGAGAUCGUGGCAGAAAAUCCAAAUCUCCAAUAGAACUCAGAAGCAAAUCCAAAGAUAGACGAUCACGGUCCAAAGAUAGAAAAUCUAGGCGAUCAGAGACUGACAAAGAAAAAAAGCCAAUUAAAUCUCCUUCUAAAGAUGCUUCUUCAGGGAAAGAAAACAGGUCCCCUAGAAGACCUGGCCGAAGCCCAAAAGGAAGAAGCUUAUCUCCCAAACCACGUGAAAAGUCGAGAAGAAGCAGAUCCCCUCUCUUUAAUGAUCGUAGAUCUAAACAGAGUAAAUCCCCCUCUCGAACCCGGUCUCCAGGUAGAAGACUGAGGAGUAGAUCAGUAGAAAGGAAAAGACGAGAAUCAGAAAGGAGGCGUCUGUCUUCUCCCAGAACGCGGACCAGAGAUGAUAUUUUGUCCAGACGUGAAAGAUCAAAAGAUAUCAGCCCACCCAGCAGAUGGUCUCCAUCCAGAAGAAGGUCUCGGUCACCCAUUAGAAGGAGGUCUCGGUCACCUCUUCGGCGUAGCCGAUCACCAAGAAGGCGGAGUAGGUCUCCUCGGAGGAGGGAUAGAGGCCGAAGAAGUAGAUCUCGCCUUCGAAGGAGGUCCAGGUCACGUGGUGGCCAUAGACGAAGGAGUAGAAGCAAAGUUAAAGAAGACAAAUUUAAAGGUAGUCUUUCUGAGGGUAUGAAAGUUGAACAGGAAUCUUCAUCGGAUGAAAAUCUUGAAGAUUUUGAUUUGGAAGAAGAAGAUGAAGAAGCAGAGAUAAGACAAAGAAGGUUACAGCGGGAAGCAAUUGUUCAGAAAUACAAGGGCCAGGGCCAGCCAGAAGACAGUAAUAUAUCUGUGCCAUCUGAACCAAGCAGUCCUCAAAGUAGUACGCGUAGUCGCUCAAAUUCGCCAGAUGACAUCCUAGAAAGGGUAGCUGCUGAUGUUAAAGAGUACGAACGGGAAAACGUGGACACGUUUGAGGCAUCAGUGAAAGCCAAGCACAACCUCAUGACGGUUGAACAGAACAAUGGUUCAGCUCAGAAGAAACUGCUAGCUCCUGAUAUGUUCACAGAAUCAGAUGAUAUGUUUGCUGCAUACUUUGAUAGUGCUCGUUUAAGGGCAGCUGGGUUUGGAAAAGACUUCAAAGAAAACCCAAAUCUCAGGGAUAACUGGACUGAUGCCGAAGGCUAUUACCGUGUUAAUAUAGGUGAAGUUCUAGAUAAACGUUACAAUGUCUAUGGUUACACUGGUCAGGGAGUCUUCAGUAACGUAGUACGAGCCAGGGACAUGGCAAGAGCAAACCAAGAAGUAGCGGUUAAAAUCAUCAGGAACAAUGAACUUAUGCAAAAAACUGGCCUAAAAGAACUGGAAUUUUUGAAGAAGCUCAAUGAUGCAGAUCCUGAUGACAAGUUUCAUUGUCUAAGGUUGUUCAGGCACUUCUACCACAAACAACAUCUCUGUCUGGUAUUUGAGCCACUGAGUAUGAAUUUACGAGAGGUGUUGAAAAAGUAUGGGAAAGAUGUUGGUCUCCAUAUUAAAGCUGUGCGUUCCUACAGCCAACAGUUGUUCCUGGCUUUAAAACUUCUUAAAAGAUGCAAUAUCCUACAUGCAGAUAUUAAACCAGAUAAUAUUUUGGUGAAUGAGUCUAAAACGAUAUUAAAGCUUUGUGAUUUUGGAUCAGCUUCACAUGUCGCAGAUAACGAUAUCACGCCAUAUCUAGUUAGUAGAUUUUACCGAGCUCCCGAAAUCAUUAUAGGAAAAAUCUAUGACUAUGGUAUAGAUAUGUGGUCUGUAGGCUGCACAUUGUAUGAACUUUAUACAGGAAAAAUCCUCUUUCCUGGCAAAACCAAUAACCACAUGUUGAAACUAGCCAUGGAUCUCAAAGGAAAGAUGCCAAACAAGAUGAUUCGAAAAGGUGUGUUCAAAGAUCAGCACUUUGAUCAAAAUCUCAACUUUAUGUAUAUAGAAGUAGAUAAAGUGACGGAAAGGGAGAAAGUUACUGUAAUGAGCACCAUUAAUCCAACCAAGGACCUGUUAGCAGACUUGAUUGGGUGCCAGCGACUCCCUGAAGACCAGCGUAAAAAAGUACACCAGCUCAAGGACUUGUUGGACCAGAUCCUAAUGUUAGAUCCAGCUAAACGGAUUAGCAUCAACCAGGCUCUGCAGCACGCCUUCAUCCAGGAAAAAAUUUAAGCCAGAUGAAGAAGUUCAAAGGGUUUGAGUAAUUAAGAUACAAAGACUGAAGAAAUUUCACAACAGUUAUUAAUGUAUAUAAACAUAAAUAUUUCCCCUGCAAAGUUGAGGAAGAAAAGAUGCAUUUGAAUUAACAUCAAGGCUGAUAUUUCUUUUAGAAAUGUUAGAGUAAUUCUGUUUUUGUGUCUUAUGUGAGAAUUUUCACUGUAGAACUGUUUUAAUUGCCAAGACUGCACAGAAGUACAAUGCUAAUGUAUAUGGUUGCAGUUCGUAUAUAUUAUAAAAAAGAAAAAAGCAUCUGUUUAAAAAAAAAAAAAAGCAGUAAUACUGGGUGGUUGAUUUGUUUUUAGCAGACUUGGCUUCAUUUUUGUCUUUAAAAAAUGGCCAGCAUAAAUGCUGUUUAUAUUCACGUUUUCCUAGGUGUGUGUGUGCAGGCCACAGCAGCAUGCCCUUGGUGUAGUCAGUGCCGAAGGGGGUCUGUUCCUUCUUGAGCCUGCCCGCAGGGAUGGUCUCCUCUUUUAAAGCAGGUUGUGUACAACUUUCAGUACACUGAAGGUAAGCUAACCCAUCAACAUCACCGGUGUUUAAGCUGUUAUUUUACUGGAACAACUGACAAAUGAGAGACAAUAGCAUUGUGGCAGAAUUCCCUGCAUGUUUGAGAAAUGAUCUUGUUUUAUUUUCUGGCAUUGCAACCGUGGCAUAGUUACAACUUCCGUUCUGUUCAUCACAUUUAAAAUUUUGAGAGUGCGCACUUGAUGGAUAGAGCGCCUUCAGUGUACUGUUUCUUAUUACUUUAAUUUUUUUAAUCAACUUGCUAUAGACUUUGUAUACAUUUUGUUAAAUACAGUUCACUAUGACAUAGAGCCAAUACUUACAGAAGAGUUUUCAUUUAGUAAUUACAUACGUUGGGAUCUCAUUCAAAAGACCUUAUAUCUAAAGGAUAGAUAGACAACAUAAUGAAACUUUUUAACUAUUUGUAUGUCAUUUUGAAAGUGUACUGCUUUAUGCUAAAAGUGUUUCAUUUGUUCAUUGUUUUCAUUAUUUGUGAUCAUGUUGUCUUUCAAUACAGGCAUAAACCUUCCACUCUUGAACAAAGCAGCUGCUUUUUAAAAGCGGUAAUUGCUUCUUUACCUUUUAUUUCUUUUGUAAAUGAAGCUUUUCUUUAAGAAAUGUGACUUUAAAGUGUUGUCUCUUGCAUAAAACAGUUGACACUUACUUAUUGUAAAGUGAAGAUUGUUCUGCUGCAUGUAAAGUGGACCAUGCAGAUUUCUGUAUGUUUUCAGUAUGCAUCAUUAGAUAAUAAAGUCUUUUGUGAACAAGGCAUUUGUAGCCAUUUUUAAAAGAAUCUGUCUUCAGUGAUGGUAAAUCAGGUAAUUUGUAAGAACCACCCCUGCAUUUUCUAUUAAUCAUUUAAUUAAAGGGACUAUUAAAAACUAUGAUCUUUGGAAGAGCUAUAGGCUAUAUUAAUUAGAUAUAUAAUUAUCACUGCUUAAAAAACAAAAGAAAGCAAAAAACUCUACAGAUACUGUCUGUCUGCUUUCAUUGUAAUGAAAUUAUUCCUGUAGGACGUGGGAUUAAAUUCAGGCUUUAACUAAUGUUUGUGCUGUUUUUCUCACUUUUCCUUUUGAUGGUGCUGAAAGAGAAAAAGGAAAGCGAGUCACAGGCCACUCAACGCCUACUCCAUGGGGUCUGAUUUGCUGAGACACCAACUUCACCUUCCUAACAAGGUGCAGCUCAAAGGAAGAUGAUGACUACCAGAAGACAUGAACAAAGGGUAAGUGGCAUUAAACCUCUGAAGAACCUUUAUAUGUAUAAUGACCCGUAUAAAGAAGGCAGACCAGUUUGUGAGACUACUGGGGAUAGAGCAAUCUUCUACAGUGUGUGUCAGAUUGUAACGCUGCGUGGAGAAUGCUGGGAAGUGGCAAUUACUUGAAGUUAAUAAAAUAUGCUUAAAACUUA